AUGUUUAAGCAGUCAAAGUGUAUCCCCUGGCUUAGAAUAUGUGCCAUAGUAAUAAACUGGAGUAUUGUUAAGUCUGCCCUGCUCUUUACUACAAACUCCGAGUACGGGAUCUUCAUGGCCAUAUCGGUGCCCAUUAGUUUACCUCAUCGGAACGUAUUUUUAUCGUACAAUUACGAGUUCAAUUACUAUCAGCCAGAGCAUGUUUACAAGUAUCCUCCGAUUUUGAUGGGUCAAGAUUUCGAGGACAGCUAUCUCACGUAUCCCACGACAGGACGUGAUGCGAAUGGCGUAGAUUGGAAACUGAAGGGAAAUACUACAAAUGAUUCCUCAAAAGCAUCCUCUUCCCGUGAAAAACGAGCUCUGACAUUAAUGAGCCGCACUGUGUUCUAUGCCAUGAUAAAGGAUAAAUUAAGAAGAUCUGGCUUUCCUGGCGAAGCUUGCCUUCUACGCUUGAUUUGUGAAACAAACUCAUCGCAACUGGGAGAGGUGAAUGGGUUUUUGGGCAGCCUAGUGCACAUUAUAUUCAGUCCAAGCAGCUCCAAAGACGAGUACUUACCUAAUGAGUAUUAUGAGGCCGAGUGGGAUGGCCUGAAACAUCAGAGUUGUCUAGCUUAUACCAAAAAAUGUCCAGAGAGCCCCUUGGACUUGAUUUCUGUGCCACUGGAACAGGCGCUUAGCAAUAUAAUAAGUCGUCGCAGAAAAAAAUAA